CUUUUAACUUUCAGCCUUUCGUUACAUCUGAGUAGCUACAGACAGGAGCUGAAAUCGACACAGUAGGCAGCGAAAGUCCAUCUCUCACAUGAUCACAUUGACGGUGGAUCAUUUGGCAGCACAAGGAUCAGUCAGGACUAGACGCAACUAAAUGAUAAACAAUCACAUACAAUACUACCAGACACAAAAGCCAAACAUCACCCGACACCCGCGGCAUGCUGGGAACCUCCAGUGUUGACAUUAAAUGCUGUAAUUUGCGGUGAAAUGUGGAGACGUGGAAAUACUUUCUAACAGGCGUACAGAGAAGAAUGCAAUACUAACGGCACUCGAUUAAUCUAGACUUGCUAGGUAUUCUGGCUAAGAUCGUGUUGACAGGACAGACAGAACAGGACAGAACAACCAGGCAAGACUCGCCAUGGCUACCAGAAAAGCGGUUGAAGUGUAUCUUGAUUUGCUGUCACAGCCAUGUAGAGCGGUGCAAAUAUUUCUUCGGUGCACAACAAUACCACACACGGUGAAACCUGUUGCACUACGAAAAGGAGAAAACAAGACCUCUGAGUUUACAAAACUGAAUCCAAUGCAAAAGGUACCCGUCAUGGUUGAUAAUGGCUUUGUUCUGACAGAAAGUGACGCCAUUCUGAAAUAUCUUGCUACCAACUAUGAUGUCCCUGAGCACUGGUACCCACGUCACCCAGAGAGGAGGGCGAAGGUCAAUGAGUACACUGCUUGGCACCAAACCAACACCCGUCCACAUGCAGCUAAAGUUUUCAUUCUAGAGGUGCUGAUGCCUCGUAUGACAGGGCAGCCUGCGGAGCCCACAAGGGUGCAGAAGGCUUUGGUGGAGCUGAGUGGCACUCUGGACAAGCUGGAGGACAUGUUCCUGAAGAGACAACCCUUCCUGUGUGGAGAUGACAUCAGUCUGGCUGACCUGUUGGCAGUCUGUGAAAUCAUGCAGCCCCUGGGUGGUGGCAGAGACAUCCUGCAGGAUCGACCCAAGCUGUUGAGCUGGAAGAGCAGAGUCCAGUCAGCCCUGACAGACUCUUUCGACGAGGGGCACGCGGUCCUGUACCGCCUGCGGGACAAGUCAAAAGCCAAAUUAUGAGCUCCAGAGAUGCAUCGACAAGUCCGGAGUCAAUUUCAUCUCCGGUGAGGCAGGUAUGCCGAGCAAAAGAUCAAACUAAAUGAUUUAUGCUUGGAGGGGUGUGUUUUCAGACACCAGGUGUGUUUUCAGACACCAGUUCUGUUCUCUGAGAGUUCCAUGAUCGAUAGUACAGAGAAUCCAGGCAAGGGUUACCACGUGCAGUACGUUCAGCAAAUAUGAGCAAAUCAUACCUUUGUUACCUGAGCAAGACAUUUCUCUUGUCACAGCAAUGCCAUUGGAUUUCAGUCUUGCCUUUCAGAUAUUGUCUGUGUUCUGUAAUCUUUUUGGCUGCUUAAUUGAUUCAGUACAACAUAAAGUGCUUCACAGCUGGUAAACAUGAGUUCUUUUUUCAUGUUCAUUUCUAAUGAUUAUUUUUAUAUAUUAAAAUGUGCCUUUGAAAAGCAUUUGAUUCUGUGGCACCACUGCACAAUUUUGUUUUUCAUUGACCAUCAUUUUGUAACUAUUGCUGUAUGGAUUUUUACCAUAGAACAAGACCGAUUUCACAUACCCCUUAAUGAGGUGAACCUGGUUGAAAUGAAGCACACCAAAUCACUUGUGAAAUGUUAUUGAUUAUUCAGAAAUGGCAAAAUAUAUACAAAUGUUUCAAAAACAUUUUAUUCUGUGGCACCAGUGCACAAUUAAUUUUUUCUCAAUGAUCCAUUUAUGCUUGAAAUCAAUGACCCUCAUUCUGUAACUAUUGCUGUAAUGACACACCAAAUCAAGUGUGAAAUUUUAUUGUAAAAUUUAAACCAAAAAGAGGCUACAUAUAAAGCUAUUCAGUAUAAAAGUCAUUCAGAAACAGCAAAAUAUAUACAAAUAUCAACAUGAAUCACCAUCGGAAUGAUUGGCUUGAUACAGCAUGAGACAGACAGACACAGUCCAGUAUCUGGCAUUUGCCUUUUCAUGCAUCCGGUUUCUGUCGUUUUGCUGGCUGCUCCUCAGCAUCCUCCUGUCUGCGCUUCCUGCUUGUCGAGGGCUGCUGGGGCUUUGAAGGGGAAGCACUCGGGUCAUAAAUAUAAAUGAAUAGAUACAUAAUACUAAUAAGAGCAAUCACUCAAAGUGUCAACUGAACUGAAACAUUUAUAUACAUGCCUUGGGAUGUCAUUUGUGUUUUCUUUUGUUUGUUUUGAUUAACACUUUGAAAUAAAACAUGUAUUUUCUCAA